GCCCAUUCACGAUGAAAGGAGCUAAACGCUUUGGCCUGUCGGAAUCGGCGCCGGACACCACCGAUUCCGCCUUUCAAAAUAAAAGAAUAAUGGCGGGAUCCCUAUUUGAUGCUCAAAGGGCAGAACCAUCUCAACAGCAGUCAACUAUAUCACCGCAGCUGGAUCCUCAGCGUGCUGAGUCAUCUCUACAGCAUGUGAGAGCUCUCAAUAAUCAAUUUGCAAGUUGGGUGCAAUUGCAACUGAAGAACCAUCCUGAUGAACUAUGGGAAGAUGGUGUUCAAGACUAUCUUGUUCAUGCUUCCAAUAUUAUGGAGAAGUUUAGUGAUGUUGUCGAUUGGCUCAAAGCAAAUGCUGUAAAAGGUGGAAACUUGUCCAGUGUUGCAAAUCAUGGCACGGAGAAUAAUUUGGUGCCUGAUGUUAAGAAUAGUGAGAUAAAAUUGUUUCAAGGGAACUUGGGGAAGACUGGCUUUGCUCCGUUUGGUUCAACUUCAACAUUUUCUUCAAGCAGUAUGAAUACGAGCUUUGGUACAAGUCCCUUUGCCUCAUCUGGCAAUAUGGGUGGUACAACUUCAAUCUUUACUUCAGGCAGUACAAAUAUGAGCUUUAGUACAACAAGUACAACUAUGACUACGAGCUUUACUGGUGCUGGUAUGACAGCCGGCUUUACUCCAUCUGGUACAAAUACAGGCUUGGCAACUUCAUGGAGCUCUGGAGUAUUCUCAAGCAGUACUCCUAUCUCAUUUGGAAGUCAGGGCUUAGUUUCUACAAACGUUAGUGCAUCAGCUGAUGCUGGCGAUGAAGAUGAGUUGCCACAGCCUAGCAGCCCAUCAGUAAAGAAGUCUGAAGAGAAGGGUAUAACUGUGGUUCAUGAAGUGAAAUGCAAGCUUUAUGUCAAGCCAACUGAUCCAGCAGAUAAAGAUUCAUGGAAAGAUAAAGGCACGGGACAGCUUUCAAUAAAAUGCAAAGAGGGUGUUAGCAAGGGAUCAAAAGAAUCCAAACCAACAAUUGUUGUUCGAAAUGAUGUUGGAAAGAUACUGCUUAACGCUUUGCUCUAUCCAGGAAUCAAGACAAGUGGACAGAAGAACUCCCUUGUUGCAAUAUUUCAUACUUUGGAUGAGAGUGGAAGUAAUGAUACCGUUGAGGCACGUACCUUCUUAAUUAGAACAAAAACAGAGGAAGACCGGAACAAACUGGCAACAGCAAUCCAAGAACAUGCCCCUGUAUCCUAAUAAGUUACCAUAGGUGACCAUGAUUUUGUUUUUCAUUGCUUUGAGCUGCAACAAAUACAAAUGUAAUCAUGUGGGAGUGGAUUUUCUUGGGUAUUUAUCCUCAAGUUUAGCUCAGGUAGGCAAGCCUACCAAAAGCAACGGGAGUGAAAUCUCGGAAGUCAGACCCAAUGAGAUCAUUGUAUGGGCACGGUCCCUGUACCAUAAACAUAAAUUUAAUCC